GACCGCAAAUGCGAACACCACAUCCAACGCCAUGAAACCCGGCAGCCUGCCAAUGCGCGUCCGGACGCGGCCAGUGUGCCAAUUGUGCGACUACAUACUGCAGCAGCCUACAUAUCGCCGCGCAUUCGUGUCCGCCUCCACCCUCCAGGCACCCUCAAUACCAAGGCAACCCGCGCGAGCACAUGGCGUAACACCACGGGUACCCUCGCGAAGCUUUACGACGACGGCGCGGAAAUCACGUGAGUCUGAUAGUAGAGGCGAUGGGGGUCUACAAACAUCGGAGAGGGUCGCUGCGUUGAGAGAGGAGCUGGUUGUGGUGGAAGGUCGGAUCCGGGCAAUAUACGAUUCACCCAAGGUCGAGACGGAGGCCGUUGUGCUGGAGGCAUUGGAUGGACUGGAACACAUUGCACAGCAAGCAAUAGCGAUACGCGCACGGCAACCUCCGCCCACCAAGGUUCCCAUCAGGCAAAGCGCCGCAGGCGCAAUACUCUCUGGCCUGGGUAACGAAGAGAGUGUCAGUAGCCAGAGGAGGACCAGGUCCAAGCAGUUGGGACUCGAUGCGCUUCCGUCGCCUUCGUACCUGUCCAACCUGGCCGAGGACCUUAUCAAACAUGAAAAAGUCUUUGUUUCGCCCAAUGUUCUCGCAGUGUAUAUCCACCUCCAACGGCUGCUUGCGCGCCCCAAGACCAUCCCAGAAGCCCUGUACCUCUACGCCAACAAGGCCGUACCUGUAGAAGGCUCGUCACCACCCAAGUUCUCGCACCCAUCGCCAAAAGCUGCGAAACAAGCGGUCCCAGCAGAGCUCGCCGACCAGGCCCUGACGGCAGCUAUCGACGCGAAAGAUCUAUCACUGGCCCUCGAUGUUGUUGACCAGACCUACCGCACCCCUGCCUGGCGACGGCACCGCAUGGUCACAAAGAUGGGCCUGCCCGCAUUGUUAGCAGGAAUUUCACCCCUCGCGAUGUACAUGAUCGCUCAAGAGCUCUCCGUCUACAGUGGCUACAUCGACCCCUGGACCUUUAAGAUGUACGCCUUUGCGGGCUUGAGCACCUACGUCUUGUGCACCGGUACGCUCGGCUUCGUCGCACUUUCGACGUACAACGACAGCCACGACAGAGUCGUUUGGAGGCCAGGUGUUCCGUUGUUGGAUCGCUACUUCAGGGAAGAUGAACGAGCGGCACUGGAUCGGAUCGCAUGCGCGUGGGGCUUUAAGGAGCUCUGGAAGAGGGGCGACGAAGAGGGUGAGGAGUGGGAGGGGCUGCGGCAGUGGAUCUUGCUGAGAGGUAUGGUGCUCGACAAGCCUGAUCUAAUGCCGGGUAUGAACUCCACGCUUCAUGAACGAGAACGGUAGCGAUGGGUGUGUACGAGAUAACUGAACUGUUCAUAGAUAGUGUCGUUGGCGGCGGACGGCCAAGCUAUAUACCAUACUGUACAAUCCACACCAUAAUACUCUUCGGUUUCGCACUUUUCCUAUCGUCAACACGAGCAAAAAGGAGUUUCUAACCGUCAUACUAUUCUCAAGGAGAUCGAACCACUACGCUCAGCCCUAUCCAAGGACGGAAGAACCGCAAAAAAGAAGGCAUUGGUGAUUACUCCAGGUUUAUGCGACACCUGUGUGAUUCGAACACACGCUCCCGAAGGAACUGGCUAACUUCCGCUCUUUCG